AGUGCUCAUAUCGUGUCUGACCGCCAUCAUCACAAGACAGAGGUGUAGAGACUGCAGUGUGAAACCACCAGCUCAGCAGCAUAAACAGGUAGAACUGGUUUUUAACAUUCAGCCAUGCCCAGGUAGUCUAUUCAGGUCUACCUGUCACACUUCACCUGACCUCAACCACCAAGAGACACAUCCAGCCCUCAUGCUAUACUCAGAGAAGAUGACUCCACCAGCUUCCAAGAAAACACUGUUCGUUGCAACAAUAUCUGCUCUUGGCCUGAUCUGCUGUGUUGUUACAUUCUUCAUGUAUUACAAGUCUCCAUCUUCUGUCUGCCCAUAUGCAUCUCCAUCAGCUGAAGAUGUGGGUCCAAAUGAAAAGCCCAUAGUCCUAGUGUGGUUCUGGCCUCUUGGUGUGAAGUUUGAUUUCAAAGAUUGCUCUAAAUACUUCAACAUUGACAGCUGUGUUCUAACCGAUGACAGAUCCCUCUACAGCAAAUCAAAGGGAGUCCUUUUCUUCCACAGAAACAUUGACGGAUAUUUGUUAAACAUGCCACAGGAGCCACGUCCAACUUUUCAAAAGUGGAUUUGGUACCAUCUGGAAUCCCCAACGAACACGUGGAAGAUACCAGGUCUGGAAAACCUGUUCAACCUCACACUUUCCUACAGAAGAGAUGCUGACAUCACAGUGAGGUUUGAUGUCACUAUCAGAGAAACAGACAUGACAGAUAACUUUACUCUGCCCAAGAAAGACAAACUGGUGUGUUGGAUUGUUAGCAACCACGACCCAAACACUGGAACAGGUACAAGAGAACAAUAUUAUCAUGAACUGUCCAAGCACAUUAAGAUCGACCUCUUUGGUGCAGCUUAUGCAGGGCGUUGGUUGAGCCUUGAAGAGUACUACCUAACUGUGGCUAGCUGUAAGUUUUACCUCUCAUUUGAGAACUCGCUCCACCGAGACUACUUCACUGAGAAGGUUAAUGGACCGCUUGUGUCAGGGACGGUCCCUGUAGUUUUGGGUCCUCCCAGAGAAAACUAUGAGCAGUUAGUUCCUUCUGACGCCUUCAUUCACAUAAAUGAUUUCCCUGAUGCAAAGUCACUGGCUGAGUAUCUGCUCUUCUUGGACAAGAACGAUACAGAGUACAUGCGUUACUUUGAGUGGAGGAAGUUCUACUCAGUCACUCCUCAUCUGCUGGGAAUGGCAAAUGAAUUCACUCAGCCCAUCUGUCUCGCCUGUGACUACAUGUCAAGAGACGAAGGCUACAGUGUUGUUCAUGACCUUUAUGGGUGGUACUUUUCAUGAAAAUGGCAAUAGGAAAAUAUAUUGAUGGUUGCCCAAACAUGCACAUUAAUACAUAGAUGAGCAGCUUGGGAAGCCCCUACAAAAAUAGUUUAAAUCUAUUGGAUGUGCUAUCAGGCCAUUUUGCCACACCCAACCCAAAGUUAAAAUCAGUUUGAUAUUUUCCCCAAAAAUCAAAGUGACAUUCGGCCCAUUUACCAUUGAGUUUGUGAACAAUAAAUUGUGGUGACAUCAGCCGAUUGCCAAAGGAAAACUAAGUUCACUGUUGUCUCUUGUAUUGUGUUUUGUAUUGUGCAUUGCUCAGCUUAUCCAGUUGGACCGGUGAGGUGAUAAAGAUGCUUUGAUUCAUCUGCUGUAUCUGUUUAUUCAUUCAUUUGUUAUUAACUUGAUAAAACCAUAAUAACCACAUAUAUAUUGCACAACUUCCUUUGUACUUUGUACCGUAUUUAUGUUGUGUGAAUAAUCGGAUGCUUCUAAAAUUUCGUUGUACACUUAUGCGAUGACAAUA